GGAAUAUCGAUAUCUACUUGCUCGUCCGUCUGUCCAUUUGCCUACCUGCUCGUCCGCAGCUGCUGCAUUACUGUCGCUUCUAUUCGGUCUGGACUGAAGAUUCUACAUUUUCAUUCAUUCAUUCGUUCAUCCGUUCGUUCAUUUAUACAUUCAUCAUCAUGGCCACAGAUCCUCUACAGUCCCGUCAGCAGCAUGAGCUCUCAUUCAUCAUCCUCGGGGAGACUGAGCCUUCCGCGCCUAAAAACCCCAGGAAACUCGACUCUCCAGCCCUACCAUAACAACAACGAGCUCUCGGCAUUAUCGUGCUCCUCGAUAGUGUCACAGAUCAUCGGACAGUACAUCUACACGCCGCUUACAGCUGCGCCCGAGAGCUACGAGGCGGCGACAGUGGAAGAGAACCAGCUAUACUGGGAUGAGAAGCAGCUGUACUGGGAGGAGACGAAGGAGACCGUCGAGGACAUGAUCUAUGCCCUCGAUAGAGUGCUAGGGAUGGCGCCGGGAAGCAAUGUUGGGAAGGAAGAGGCAAAGGAGGAGAAGAAGAUGGAGGUGCCGGUGGUGUGGCCCGAGGUCAGGGUGGAAAAGCAAGAGUGGCCCGAGGUGAAGGUGGAAAAUCAAGAGCUGUACUGGGGCGAACAGAAGGAGUCCGUCGAGGACAUGAUCAACGCCCUCAACAGGGUCAUCGAGCGCGGCAGUUCGGGGACACCGACUUCGGACGGUUAUACGCCGCUCACGGCUACGGCGGAGAAUUUUCGGUUGGAUAUUAUGGCGGAGCCGGAGGUGGUGAGGAUGCGGUUUUGCGCGAAGGAGGAGGUGGUGGUGGAGGUGGAGGAGGAGGAGAGGGAGGAGGAGGGUACCAGUGCUCCAGGAGGAAAAGAAUGAGUCGCCGGAGGAAAUAUCCCACGGCCUCGACCGGUCGCUUUCAAC